UGCUGCUGCUGCCACCUGCUGCCCACUGCUGCUGGUUCCCAUAUCCCCACCGCCAAUAUCCAAACCCUCCUGCCAUCCCACCAAUCCCUCCCACUGCUUAUCUACCCACCACCAUCUCCGUUGGUGCUGCCACACCAGAAGCUCCCAGAUCCUCAUUCACUGGUUGAAUCUACCAUAUCUUUUCCCGCCUGGGCAUCGACGUAACAGUUAUUGUUUUUCUCCUGUCAUCCGGCUCCACGCCGCUUCAUUCAACAAAAACAACGUCCCUCCCUAGAGCUCGUUGACUGACCUACCCCAGCUUCCCUCCAUUGACUAUUUGAUCCCCCCUCCAUUUCUUCCUCCUCAGGCCCCUCUUCCACCCUUAUUGUUGUUCCCUCAAAGCUCCAAGGAGCUCGAUUGCCAGUAGCUGCCCUUGCCAGCAGCUAGGCUUCAUCUCCAGCCUUAACCAUGGCGACCACUGGCACUGACGCAGACCACGAAGAUGGUCAAUCCCACCACCUCGAGCACUCGGUCCACCAGCGGCUGAGGGCCAACUCGUCCAUUAUGCAGCUCAAGAAGAUCCUGGUGGCCAAUCGAGGCGAGAUUCCCAUCAGAAUCUUCCGAACUGCCCACGAACUCUCCCUCCAGACCGUGGCUGUUUACAGCUACGAGGACAGACUGGGCAUGCACAGACAAAAGGCGGACGAAGCAUACAUGAUAGGCAAGCGAGGACAGUACACUCCCGUUGGUGCCUACCUGGCUGGCGACGAGAUCAUCAAGAUUGCUCUGGCCCACGGCGUCCAGAUGAUUCAUCCAGGCUAUGGUUUCUUGUCCGAGAACUCCGAGUUUGCUCGAAAGGUCGAAGAGGCCGGCAUUAUCUUCGUCGGUCCUUCUUACCAAGUCAUUAAAUCUCUCGGCGACAAAGUUUCAGCUCGAAGACUGGCCAUGAAAUGCGACGUACCAUGCGUGCCCGGAACCCCAGGCCCAGUCGCCAAGUUUGAAGAAGUCAAGGCAUUCACCGACCAAUAUGGCUUUCCAAUCAUCAUCAAAGCUGCUUUUGGUGGAGGUGGCCGUGGCAUGAGAGUCGUCCGAGACCAAGAAAGCCUCAAGGAUUCAUUUGAGCGAGCUACCUCGGAGGCAAAAUCCGCCUUCGGCAACGGCACAGUCUUCGUCGAACGCUUUUUGGACAAGCCCAAGCACAUUGAAGUCCAGCUGCUCGGCGACAACCACGGCAAUGUUGUCCAUCUGUACGAGCGAGACUGCAGCGUUCAAAGACGGCACCAGAAAGUCGUUGAGCUGGCUCCCGCCAAAGAUCUUCCAUCCGAGGUCCGGGAUGCCAUCCUCAAUGAUGCGGUCAAACUGGCUAAAUCCGUCAACUAUCGCAAUGCAGGCACUGCAGAGUUCUUGGUGGAUCAGCAGAACAGAUAUUACUUCAUCGAAAUCAAUCCCAGAAUCCAAGUCGAACACACCAUCACCGAAGAGAUCACUGGCAUUGAUAUCGUCGCCGCUCAGAUCCAAAUCGCUGCUGGUGCCUCCCUGGAGCAGUUGGGCUUGACGCAAGACCGCAUCUCAACGCGCGGUUUCGCCAUCCAAUGCCGUAUCACCACGGAAGAUCCGUCCCAUGGAUUCUCUCCAGAUACCGGCAAAAUCGAGGUCUACCGAUCGGCUGGAGGCAAUGGCGUCCGUCUCGACGGUGGCAAUGGAUUUGCAGGUGCUAUCAUCACUCCUCACUACGAUUCCAUGUUGGUCAAAUGCACUUGCCACGGGUCGACCUACGAGAUUGUGCGCCGAAAGAUGCUACGAGCAUUGGUCGAGUUCCGCAUCCGCGGUGUCAAGACCAACAUUCCCUUCUUGGCCUCGCUUUUGACUCACCCCACGUUCGUCGAAGGCACGUGCUGGACGACUUUCAUUGACGACACUCCCGAGCUGUUCAAACUGAUCGGCAGCCAGAACCGAGCCCAGAAGCUCCUUCAGUAUCUCGGCGAUCUUGCGGUCAAUGGAAGCAGCAUCAAGGGCCAGAUUGGAGAGUCGAAAUUCAAGGGCGACAUCAUCAUGCCCACAUUACUUGACAAGCAUGGCAAAGAGAUCAAUGUGGAAGAGCCGUGCACGAAGGGGUGGAAGUCCAUCAUCGACAAAGAAGGACCUGCCGCAUUCGCCAAGGCAGUUCGAACAAACAAGGGUUGUCUCCUCAUGGACACUACCUGGCGUGACGCGCACCAGUCUCUCUUGGCCACACGAGUUCGCACCGUUGACCUGUGCAACAUCGCUAAACACACCAGCCAUGCUCUUAGCAACGCGUGGGCUUUGGAGUGUUGGGGCGGAGCCACAUUUGAUGUUGCCAUGCGAUUCUUGUAUGAGGAUCCAUGGGAUCGACUCCGCAAAAUGAGAAAGCUGGUCCCCAAUAUCCCCUUCCAGAUGCUGCUCCGCGGAGCCAAUGGUGUGGCCUACAAGUCACUCCCUGACAAUGCCAUUUAUCAUUUCUGCAAGCAGGCCAAGAAGAACGGCAUGGAUAUCUUCAGAGUGUUUGAUGCCCUCAACGACAUCGACCAACUGGAGGUGGGCAUGAGAGCUGUUCAAGAAGCUGGCGGUGUUGUGGAAGCCGCCAUCUGCUACUCAGGCGACAUGCUCAACCCCAAGAAGAAAUACAACUUGGACUACUACAUGAACCUGGUGGAAAAAGUUGUCAAGAUUGGAACCCACAUUCUCGGAAUCAAAGACAUGGCUGGUGUUCUGAAGCCCAAAGCUGCUCGUCUACUUGUUGGCACGAUUCGCAAGAAGUACCCUGACCUUCCGAUCCAUAUCCACACCCACGAUUCGGCCGGCACUGGGGUUGCAACGUACGUUGCUUGCGCAGAGGCUGGCGCUGACGCUGUCGAUACGGCAUCCGAUUCUAUGUCGGGUAUGACGUCUCAGCCAAGUGUUGGAGCGCUUCUGGCUUCUCUUGAGGGCACAGACUAUGACCCAGGCCUCAACGGCCACAACGUGCGAGCACUGGACCAAUAUUGGUCUCAGCUGAGAUUGCUCUACUCACCAUUCGAGGCUGGCUUGACUGGGCCCGAUCCCGAAGUGUACGAACAUGAGAUACCGGGCGGACAACUGACCAACCUGAUUUUCCAAGCCUCUCAACUCGGCCUGGGCGCGCAAUGGCUGGAGACGAAGAAGGCUUAUGAACAGGCCAACGACCUUCUGGGAGACAUUGUCAAAGUCACUCCCACCUCCAAGGUGGUGGGCGACCUGGCGCAAUUCAUGGUGUCCAACAAAUUGGACUAUGAGGGCGUCAAGGCCAAAGCCAAGGAGUUGGACUUCCCAGAAUCGGUGCUGGAGUUCUUCGAGGGGUACAUGGGUCAGCCAUACGGCGGAUUUCCCGAACCACUGCGAAGCGACGUCCUCCGUGGUCGACGCAAGAUGGACAAGAGACCAGGUCUGUACCUCGACCCUAUCGACUUUCCCAAGAUCAAGAAGGACUUGAAGGAGAAAUUCAACACUAGCGCCGAAACGGAUAUCGCCAGUUAUGUGAUGUAUCCCAAGGUCUUUGAGGACUAUCGCAAAUUUGUGGACAAAUAUGGCGAUCUGUCAGUGCUCCCGACCAAAUAUUUCCUGAACAAGCCGGAGAUUGGCGAGGAGUUCCACGUGGAACUUGAAAAGGGCAAGGUUCUGAUCAUGAAGUUGCUGGCUGUGGGACCAUUGUCGGAAGCUACUGGGCAACGCGAGGUGUUCUACGAGGUGAAUGGUGAAGUUCGGCAAGUGACCAUCGAUGACAACAAGGCUGCGGUUGAGAACACGAGCCGGCCCAAGGCUGAUCCGGGCGACAGCAGUCAAGUGGGCGCGCCCAUGUCAGGAGUGGUGGUGGAGGUUCGAGCCAAAGAGGGACACGACAUCAAGAAAGGCGACCCAAUUGCAGUGCUGAGCGCCAUGAAGAUGGAAAUGGUCAUCAGCGCUCCACACUCUGGCAAAGUUGGCGAGAUCCUGGUCAAGGAAGGGGAUUCCGUUGCUGGGUCGGACUUGAUUUGCAAGAUUGCAAAGGCGUGAAAAGGCUUGAGGACAGGGACCUAAAUUGCACAGACUGUUCGGGAAGACUGCUAGCACUGCUUGGGAAGUCAGUAUCGGGUUUGGUAUCGGGGAAGGGAAGCCAGGCGGGGCGGGCAUCCCUCAUUAUCGCCUAAGCAAGGCUGAAUUGGACCGUAUUGUUAUUUCCUAGUUGCCAGGAGAUGGCUGGGCUUCUUCCUAUGAUACACAACAGGUAUGCUGAUGACCCAGAAGCGACUUUCUCUCUCUUUCUGUGUGUGGGAGACAUGUGAAAAUGCCCGUGGUCCUCACUCCUCAGCGUUGGUGGCGGUUGUCUUUGGGCUGCGCCAACCAGACACCUUCCUUUGGUCUCCGUCGCUCGGUCCUUUACUCCCUCUUGUAUCUGUCGCGCAAUAGGUUUAUACUAUGACCUCAAGCGGG